CCUCUUGUCUCUGCCUUUGGUUUUUAGUUCUCAGUCAGUGAUCGCUAUGCCUUCAGCCUGAGCAUAGCAUCUAGUCCAUGGAGAAUUUCUUACCCAGUUGAUUCCUGAGCUGAUUAGCAGUGAAUUCCACCAACAGGCAGUAAAGAUGGAGGAAAAAUCAGAAUGGAGAACCGAAUUAUCUAGCACAUUAUUUUUUACUCUACUUCAGUUCAACAAAUAGUUAUUAAGUACUUCCUAUGCAGCAUGCACAGUGCCUGAUAGAAGAUACAGUCUCAGUGGCAUCUGGUUAAAGAUGGAACCAAAUGGACCCUACAGAAAUACUCUUGCUUACCUAACACUCGGGUCCCACAUUCAACUUGGUACCCCCAAAACCUUCUUCAUGAAGGCCUUUAAAGUACAUAAAGUCAGCUGCUGUGUACCUCCCUGAAUCUUUCUCCAGUUCCUUCUACUCUUCUUCACACAGCUUGGUUUCCAGGUUCCUUUUCAUCCUCAUUGUCCCCCUCUAUGUAUACCAGGUUGUCGGGGUCCCUGACAUCCAGCCCUGAACCCUGCAAAUAGCUGACUGAUGGUCCCGCCAGCCUAGUGUGGAGUGGGACUCUCCCCCCUUGUUCUCGACACCAUCAGGUGAUAUCCGUACAACCUGGAAACAAUUUCCCUUUGAGGGCAGCUAAAUUGCACCAUUAGCAACUCUUGGUCUCAUCUGCACCCAUCAGCCCAUCUUCCAAGUGGAGAACCUGGAGGUUUUAGUGGUUCUCUCUACUAGGAGUCAGAAGCCUCAGAGUCUAGUUUGAUCUCUGCCAGUAGGCUUGAACAUCUAUAUGGACCUUGGCUUUCUACUCUGCAAUGAGGCCAGGAGGUGCACGUACUCAAUCUAGAUGAUCCUAAGAAUCCUUUCCAGUUUAAAAUUCUAUGAUGAUGUCUGUGUCUGUAAACAUGUGUAUAUAAUACUGCCUUUGUACAUUCCCACUUUGAAAGAUAUUUAUUACCUCGGCGAAUUUGAAAUUGCUGCUUUUUCUGAACUCAAUAAACAAAACAAUGACAUCCAUUAGAAGAUAUUUAGGUGACAGGUGAGCUUUGAAAUUACUGUUUAGUUUGAAAAAUACCAAGAAAACAAAAUUAGUAUCAGGUAAGAGUGUGUUUAUCCACCUUGCAUCCAUCGUUGUAAGAUAUAACAAUCCUAGUGGUUAUAAGAGGUUGGUGGUACUCUACCUGCAGCAUCUUAUGCACAGAUCCCUAACAAAUCCUAACAAAGUGUAUUUAAUUGAAUAAGUCAAUCAAUCCAUUUAUUUGAUGAGAGCCACUGCUGACAUCUAGAUAGAACUAAUACUUGCCUACAGAUGGGUGGGUCUCUGCUUAGGUGAGUACAUAGUUAUCCUUCCUCCUGAAGGUUAACUCCCUUUGGCUGAAUAGGUUGAUAUUUAAAUGGAAACAAGAAUAAACUUUUCUUUAAAGGCAAAGUAGUACACUAAGUCAUUAGGGCCGUACUACUAGUCCAGUGAGCAGUGUCCUUAUUAAGAGGAUUACAAUCUCAGAGACUGUGGACCCAGUAGGGGGGCAGAGGACUGAAGGGGCAGUCUCCCAGGAGGCCAUGUGGGUGAAUGUGUCCUGGCCUGCAUUGGAAGAGGCCCUUGUGUUUCUAAGUCUUGAGGGGAACCUCCCACAUCAGAACAGUCUGCCCUGUUUAUUUAAAAUUUCAGAUUGCUUGAAACAUUUGAAAAUGGUAAGGCACUAGAGAAUUGAAAGAAUCUUCCAUUCAAUAAAAAUGAAAAAUAAAAAAAAUUAAUUUUUAAAAUAAAUAAAUAGAAUAAAAAUUUCAGAUUCCUCGCCCAGCCCUAACCUACUGAAUCAGCAUCUUUGUGUGGGGCCUGGGCAUCAGCAUUUUAACAAGCUCACCAAGUGAGUCUGAGGUUAGUUUUAAAGUAUGGGAACCACCCUUUAUGCCAAUCACCUAACCAAAGGAUCUUAUAAGCAGAUAUGGUCACCCCUUCAGUCCUAUACCUCCAUCUUAAUCAGAGAGAAAUCCACCAACUCCUAAGAUGAAAGACUGUUCCUUCCAGGAUUUGGGCAGUUCCUCUCAGUAAAGUGGAGUGAAUUGUUGAAGAGCAACAAAGAAUCCUUAAACCAAGACAAUCACUUUCAGUCUCUGAAUGUUCGUAUUCUAAGCUAAGUAUCAUUGACAUUUGUAUCGAGAAAGCAACUGUGGAAAAUCAUCCCACUAACAGGCAGCAGUGAUGCUUUUUAGUGAUCAGCCAGAAGUUUGCCUUCAGAAAAAAGGGGAGUCUGAAACUCUGGAAUCCAUUCUAUUCAUCUCCACCUUCUUCUAGAUCUUACAGCUCAGCCUCCUUGUUGAGGGAACACAGUUUAUGCUGAAAUGAAAAACUCGAGUAGUUCUAGGUAGAUAACCAGAAAUAAUAGGUUUCAUUGGCUUCUGCUAAUGUCUGGUGAUACCAUUCUUUUUAAUCUGUCUGAAAAUUCCAGUUGUCAUCUGUGAUUGGUGUGUUGAUAACUAAAGACAGUACAAGACUGUGGAAGUAAGUAUCAUCUGGAAUAACUGUAGGUUCUCACCCUAAACGCUGUUGAUAUUUGGGGAUAAUUCUUUGUUGUAGGGGGGCUGUCCUCUGCAUUAUGGAAUCUUUAACAGCAUCCCUGACCUCUACCAACUAGAUGCCUGUAGCACCUCCCAGCUUUGACACUGAAAAAAAUGUUUCCAGAUGUUGCCAAGUGUCCCCUGGGUAUCUAAAUAGCCUUGGACUGGUUGAGAGUCACUGCCUUAGAAGCAUUAAGUGACUAUCAGGCUUAUACAAUGAGUAUGAUCAAAAGGGUAUAUUAUUAUUUAGAAGCCUAACUAUAGAGAUGUAGCAAAGGAAUAUUCAUUUCCAUUGCUCCCAUUUAUUUUUUAAAUUGUGUAUAAUUUACAUGCAAAAAAGUCACGGUUCUUAAGUGUUCAGUUUGGUAAGUUUUGACAGUUGUGCUUCACUCUAAUUUUAAGAAUAACUUACCUGUAUUUUCUUUUUUUGAGCCACAUCUUUCCAAAAAUCAUCUUCAAUAAAUAGCCUCAAAUUCUUUUUUAAAAGAAAUCUAAAUCUGGUUCUGUGACUAUCACCUUGUGACACUGUCUCCUAAAAUAAAGCGAUAAUGGCCCAGUCUAUUACAAAGUCGUCACAUUGGUAUGAAAUUCUGGGUACACCCUUCCAGUGUUUGUUCCUUAUAAAAAAGAGUCCUGCCUUCAUUGUCUAAUCCUUGUCUUACACAAUCCCCAAUGGUAAGUUCAUUUUCACUUUGUAGAAUUUGAAAAGAAGGCUCAGGGUACAAUCUGUUUUGAAAUAGAAAAUGGAUCAUAGUGGUGAAAACAAGAUUCAUCUGUCUAGAAGAAUGACACUUCUCCAAGACUCUCCUUUUGAGGUCGAUGAACUCUAUGAAGCUUAUUGUAUCCAAAGACGCCUCCAAGAUGGUGCCAGCAAAAUGAAGCAAGCCUUUGCAACUUCCCCUGCCAGCAAAGCUGCCCGGGAGAGCCUGUCGGAGAUCAACCGGAGCUACAAAGAGUACACAGAGAACAUGUGCACCAUUGAAGCAGAGCUGGAGAAACAGCUGGGGGAGUUCUCCAUCAAGAUGAAAGGUCUGGCUGGCUUUGCUCGCCUCUGUCCUGGUGAUCAGUAUGAAAUUUUCAUGAAGUAUGGCCGACAGAGGUGGAAACUGAAAGGCAGAAUCGAAGUAAAUGGCAAACAGAGCUGGGAUGGAGAAGAAGUGGUGUUCCUGCCCCUGAUAGUUGGAUUAAUUUCCAUCAAGGUCACGGAGCUCAAAGGGCUGGCGACUCACCUCCUGGUUGGCAGUGUGACCUGCGAGACCAAAGAGCUGUUUGCAGCCCGACCUCAGGUGGUGGCUGUGGACAUCAAUGACCUUGGCACCAUCAAACUGAACCUGGAAAUCACCUGGUAUCCAUUUGACGUGGAGGACAUGACCCCGUCUUCGGGCGCUGGGAACAAGGCGGCAGCCCUCCAGAGAAGAAUGUCCAUGUACAGCCAGGGCACCCCGGAGACGCCCACCUUCAAAGAUCACGCCUUCUUCUCGAAUCUACCUGAUGACAUCUUUGAAAAUGGGAAGGCCACUGAGGAGAAGAUGCCACUGUCCCUCAGCUUCAGCGACCUGCCCAACGGGGACUGCACCCUGACCCCCAACCCCACCAGCUCUGUCCCCACUGUUGGCUCAGCAAAUCCAGAAAUUACUAUCACCCCUGCUGAGCUGAACUGUGGCAGCCUUUCCUCCCAGAACGGGGGCAUGGAUGACUCCACCUCAGCCUCUUCCAGAAACUCCUCAGGAGAUGGUCCAGAGCCCAAGCCACAGGUGGAGGAAGACACAGAGGGACCAGGACAACCGCAGGCCUGCCGAGCCUCCGCGGGCCCCAGGGCUGAGCGCCUGUUUCUAGAGAAGGAUGUCGCGGAGGCCCUUCUGCAAGAGUCCGAUGAGGCCUCUGAGCUCAAGCCCGUGGAAUUGGACACUUUUGAAGGAAACAUCACGAAACAGCUGGUUAAGAGGCUCACCUCGGCAGAGGUGCCAGUGGCUGCGGAGAGGCUGCUCUCUGAGGGCUCUGUCAGUGGCGAGUCCGAAGGCUGUAGAUCCUUCCUAGAUGGAAGCUUAGAGGAUGCCUUCAAUGGGCUUUUCCUUGCAUUAGAACCACAUAAAGAGCAGUAUAAAGAGUUUCAGGAUCUGAACCAAGAAGUCCUGCACUUGGAUGAUAUUCUAAAAUGCAAGCCAGCAGUCAGCCGAAGCAGGUCUUCCAGUUUAAGUCUUACAGUUGAAAGUGCUUUAGAAAGCUUUGAUUUCCUGAACACCUCUGAUUUUGACGAGGAGGAGGAGGAUUGUGAUGAGGUUUGUAAUGUUGGAGGAGGUCCUGACUCGGUAUUUUCAGACACUGAGACUGAGAAAAAUAGAAAGAAACAGCUAACGUUCCGCUCGCCUUCCUGCUUCGACAGUUACAGAUCAGUACACCCAGAAGCCCGCGGGCAUCUCAGUGAGGCGCUGACUGAGGACACGGGAGUGGGGACCAGCGUGGCAGGAAGCCCUCUCCCGCUGACCUCGGGGAACGAGAGCCUGGACCUCACCAUCGUCAGGCACCUCCAGUACUGCACCCAACUCGUCCAGCAAAUUGUUCUCUCAAGCAAAACCCCAUUUGUGGCAAGAAACCUCUUAGAGAAGCUUUCAAGGCAAAUCCAAGUGAUGGAGAAACUGUCUGCUGUCAGUGAUGAGAACAUAGGAAACAUCAGUUCUGUCAUUGAAGCCAUUCCAGAAUUUCACAAAAAGCUGUCUCUGCUGUCAUUCUGGACCAAGUGCUGCAGCCCUGUUGGGGUCUACCACAGCUCAGCAGACAGAGUGAUUAAGCAGCUUGAAGCCAACUUUGCCAGAACCGUCAACAGGGACUAUCCAGGACUGGCCGACCCAGUGUUUCGAACCCUGGUGUCCCAAAUCCUGGACCGGGCUGAGCCCCUGCUUACCUCCAGCCUCUCCUCCGAAGUCAUCACUGUUUUCCAGUAUUACGGCUACUUUACCAGCCACGGUGUGAGUGACCUUGAGAGUUACUUGAACCAGCUGGCCAAGCAAGUUUCCAUGCUUCAGACUCUGCAGUCACUAAGAGAUGAAAAACUGCUCCAGGCCAUGAGCGACCUCACGCCCAGCAGCCUCCCAGCCCAGCAGGAGAUCCUCAGGACUCUGGCUCUGCUCUUAACCGGCGAUGACAGUGAAGUUAGUGAGGCUGUGAUGCUUUACUUGGCAGCAGCCUCCAGAAACGAGCAUUUCAGGGAAAAGGCCUUGCUCUAUUACUGUGAAGCACUGACAAAGACUAACCUCCAGCUCCAGAAGGCAGCUUGCUUGGCCCUGAAAAGCCUGAAGGCUACUGAAAGCAUUAAAAUGCUAGUGACAUUGUGUCAGUCUGAUACUGAAGAAAUCAGGAAUGUGGCCUCAGAAACCCUCUUGUCUCUUGGAGAAGAUGGGCGGCUGGCCUAUGAACAGUUGGACAAAUUUCCUCGAGACUGUGUUAAAGUUGGAGGUCGUCACGCAAGUGAAGUUGCCACGGCCUUUUAGUUGCCAGUUAACUCUGCCUAACAGCUGUCUUAAUAAAUGGCCCUGUUAACCAAGAUGGUGCUUUGAUUUAGCUGGAAACUGUUGAAGUUGUCUGGAAAUUUAACAUGUUACAGAAGGAAUUCAAAGUCCAGUUUCACAGCACCUAUCUACUUUUCCUUUGGCCAACAGAACAGGGCUAUGUAUAUUUCAGUAGAUUACGUUGUUGACUGCAUCUGAGGACACUUAGUAAAAGAGUCCGUCUUAUCUAGUAUGUAUGGAAUUUUAAAACAGCCAUCGUUGUACCUUUUUGGAAGCUCUUCUAUAAGCUUGAAAUAGUCAUGUGAUAAUUUGAUAAAUAUCAUACGCCUUGCAGUUUUUCCUCUGUCGUGUUCUCCAGGUUGAGUGGCCCCCUUAGCUACCUGGUUUUACCUUAAAUGUAAAGUACAAAAAAGGAUUUCUUCAAACAAAAUUUUGCCUGCAGAACCUGGUGAAGGGACACAUUGUAAGAGUUUAAUUUUUUUCAAUUUCAUUUUUUCAAGCUUCCACUAUUGCUUUUGUUUCUUUUGUCCAUCUUGAAAAUUCCAAAGGCAUGUUUCCAUUACGGUAAAAAAAAAAGGGUAGAUGACCAAGAACCACUUUAUUAAGAUUAUACCUGCACUCAUCUAAAACAAGAUGUUCAAGGCAGGGAGGGUAUGGCUCAGUGGCAGAGUGCUUGCUUAGUAUGCAUGAGGUCCUGGAUUCAAUCCCCGGUAACUCCCCUAAAAAAAAAAAAAGAAAAAGAAAAAUAUAAGAAAUAUAACCAAGUGUAGCAUGUGGCUCUUCAA